AUGCGCCUUCGUCUUCAUCGAAAUAAACCUUUACACGAAUAUUUUGAUAAAAUUGUUGAACAAAUGCCUAACAAGGAAUGUUUGGUAGAAGUUGAAAGUGGAAGGAAAAUGACUUUUUUGGAAUUUGACCAGCAUUCUAAUAAAUUUGCAAAUUUUUUUCAGAAUUGCCAUAUUGGAUUUGAAAGUGGUGAUGUAAUUUCUCUUUUUAUGGAAAAUGGAAUUGAUUUUUUCGCUUCGUGGUUUGGUCUUUCAAAAAUUGGAAUUAUAACUGCUUGGAUUAAUACAAAUUUAAAGUUGGAGCCUUUAGCUCAUUCAAUUAGAGUGGCAAAUUGUAAAGCUAUUUUAACUACGAGGACAUUAUUUCCAGGUUUUUUUAGUUAUUUUUCGUCUAACGGGGUUUGAGCCUGGCACAUUUUAAAAAGCGAUAGGUAUAAGAAUUUGUAACAAAAUAAGAAGCGGAAACGGAAGCCGAAAGCAAAAGCUUCAAAACAAGGGAAAUUUUGCAGAG